GGGGAGUCGUCUCUCUCUCGUGUCCGUGAUUUAAAAAGCUUCUCUCUCAAGCGAGUCCCGACAAAACGCAGGAUUCACCUGACCAUGUCCUGAGACCUAAACGGACCUCAACGUCUCCAGCAACGCCUUGGAGAGAGAGAGAGAGAGAGCCCUUUGCCGGGGUGGGGUCAGAGGUCGGCGGGUUCAGAGGUCGCAUGCUUCGGGUCACGCGCACGCACUCCGCGCUAUGCCCGACUCCUCCGUCUCCUGCUGACGAAGUCCCGCGCGGGUUCACGAUGGCCAGCUGGAGACUGCUUCAGGCCCUGCUGCUGCAGCUGCUGCUCAGCGCAAGCGGUUGGCCUCCCGCAACCGGCUCCGGGCGGCUGGCGCUGCCCCAGGGCCUGGUGCAGCGUGAGUUGUCGUGCGAGGGCUACCCCAUCGACCUGCGCUGCCCGGGCAGCGACGUCAUCGUCGUGAGCUCGGCCAACUACGGACGCACCAACGACCAGAUCUGCGACUCGGAGCCGGCCAAGAUGCAGAACACGGCCUGCUUGCAGGACGAGAGCUUCCGCAUCAUGGCUCAGAGGUGCAACAACAGGACGCAGUGCCUCGUCGUCGCCGGCAACGAGGUGUUUCCGGACCCCUGUCCCGGAACGUACAAGUACCUGGAGGUUUGGUACGAGUGCGUCCCCUACAGGCUGGAGCAAAAAGUCUUUCUGUGCCCGGGCAGCGUCCGCCUCGUUGGCGAGGCCUUGCACCUCCUGGAGGCGGAGCAGCAGGCCGGCUCGUGGUGCCGCGACCCGCUGCAGGCCACCGACAAGGUGUACUUCAUGCCGUGGACGCCGUACCGCACCGACAGCCUCACCGAGUACGCAUCCCUCCAGGACUUCCUGGCAGGGCGACCGCUCACCAACUACAAGCUGCCGCACCGCGUCGACGGAACGGGCUUCGUGGUGUACGACGGGGCCGUGUUCUUCAACAAGGAGCGAACGCGCAACGUCGUCAAGUUCGACCUGCGCACGCGCGUCAAGAGCGGCGAGGCGUUCAUCCCCAACGCCAACUACCACGACACGUCGCCCUACCGCUGGGGCGGCAAGUCCGACAUCGACCUGGCGGCCGACGAGAACGGCCUCUGGGUCAUCUACGCCACGGAGCAGAACAACGGGCGCGUGGUGGUGAGCCACUUCAACCCGUACACGCUGCGCGUCGAGGCCUCCUGGGAGACGGCCUACGACAAGCGCUCGGCCUCCAACGCGUUCAUGGCGUGCGGCGUCCUCUACGUCCUGCGCUCGACCUACGAGGACGACGGCGACGGGGGGUCGGACUCCGUCGCCGCCGGAGGAGGAGGCGGUGGGGGGACGAGCGACCGCAUCGACUACGUGUACGACACCAACUCGCAGCGGGAGGCACGCGUCUCCAUCCCGUUCCCCAACCCGUACCAGUUCAUCACGUCGGUGCAGUACAACCCGCGCGACGGGGCCCUCUACGUGUGGAACAACCACCACGUGCUGCGCUACACACUGCACUUUGGACCGCCGGAUCCCACUGCAGUGCACGAGAUUUCGACGAUGGGGCCUUCCAGUGGAGGCAGCACCGCGAGUCCUCCGCGGAGCCACGUGGCAACGGUGCCGCCAUUCCCUGCGCAACCGCCACAGGACACGACCGACGUGAAACCGGGAGACGUGGCGCCCGCCGACGUCGGCGGGGGCGGCACCCGCGUGCCCACAUUCUGUCCCCCCACGCUCGCCCGCGCCGUCCAGUGGCCCCAGCUGCUGCAGGGCAAGACGGCGGAGAGGCCCUGUCCUGCGGGCACCGUCGGCACGGCGCUCUACACCUGCGAUGCCAUCACGGGAGUCUGGUCUGCCCGAGGUCCCGAUUUCAGCAACUGCACUUCCCCCUGGGUGAACCAAAUCGCGCAACGGAUCAAGAGCCGCGAGAACGCCGCUACGGUGGCGAGCGACCUGGCGCGACAGACGCGCGACCCCGUGUACGCGGGCGACGUGAGCUCCUCGGUGAAGCUCAUGGAGCAGCUGGUGGACAUCCUGGACGCGCAGCUGCUCGAGCUGACGCCCACCGAGAAGGAGUCGUCCACACGCACCUUCAACAAGCUAAAGAUGAGGGAUGGGCUCUGCCAAGCGUACAUCAAGGCGGUGGUGGAGGUGGUGAGCAACCUGCUGCGUGAGGAUGCCGUGUGGGCGUGGCGCGACAUGAACGGCACGGAGCGAGCGCACACCGCCACGCUGCUCGCCGACUCGGUGGAGGAGGCGGCGUUUGUGCUCGCCGACCACCUCCUGCACCCCGACAACGUCACCGUCGCCGCCGACAACGUCGUGCUCACGGUGUCGGUGCUGAACACGGAGGGGCCGCUACGGGACUUCACGUUCCCCCGCGACGAGGCGACCGAGAGGGCCGGCAAUUCGGACCGCCCCGACGGCGGCGGUGGCGGCGGCGGUGGCCGCGGUGGCACCACGACCCCGUGGCAUUCUGGGAACCGCAUCACGCUCACGGCAAACUCCAUCAAGCUGAACAGCCGCAACGGCGUGACGAAGCUGGUGUUCACGACGUACGACAACCUGGCGCUCUUCCUGAGCACGGACAACGCGACGCUGUCGGCCAACGCGUCGCAGCAGACGAACCGCUCCCUCGUGGUCAACUCGCCCAUCAUCUCCGCCUCCAUCAACAAGGAGUCGAACCACGUGUUCCUCAGCGAGCCCGUCGUCUUCACAGUCCAGCACAACGUGACGUCGGACCACUUCAGCCCCAGCUGCUCCUUCUGGAACUACUCGUCGCACACCAUGAGGGGCCACUGGUCAAGCCACGGCUGCAAGCUGCUGUCCACCAACAGCACGCACACCACGUGCUCCUGCAACCACCUCACCAACUUCGCGGUGCUCAUGGCGAGGCACGAUAUCGAGUACGGGGACCGUGCCCACGAGCUGCUGCUGCUGGUGAUCACGUGGGUGGGCGUGCUGGUGUCCCUCGUGUGCCUCGCCAUGGCCACGUUCACCUUCUGCUUCUUCCGCGGCCUCCAGAGUGACCGCAACACGAUCCACAAGAACCUGUGCCUCAACCUGCUGCUCGCCGAGCUCCUCUUCCUGCUCGGCAUCGACAAGACUCAGUACACGGUGGCGUGCUCCGUCCUAGCGGCGCUGCUCCACCUGUUCUUCCUGGCGGCGUUCGCGUGGAUGUGCCUCGAGGGGGUGCAGCUCUACCUCAUGCUCGUCGAGGUUUUCGAGGGGCGCCGCGCGCGCCGCAAGUACUUCUACCUGCUGGGCUACGGCCUGCCGCUCACCGUCGUCGGGGUCUCGCUCGCCGUCGACUACACGGGCUACGGCACCGAGCGCGCCUGCUGGCUCAGGACCGACAAUCAUUUCAUCUGGAGUUUCCUCGCGCCCGUGGCCGCCAUCAUCUUCGUGAACUUCGUGUUCCUGCUGAUUACUCUGUACAAGAUGCUGCAGCAUUCGGCGCCAAUCAAGCCCGAUGGCAACCGGCUCGAGAACAUUAAUCACCCCGUGUGUGACGGAUACUAUAACACUGACCUGCCUGGCUCUCCGGAUAACAGAGAGUUCAUCAGGUCCUGGGCACUGGGGGGCGUGGCGCUGCUCUGCCUCCUCGGCCUCACCUGGGUGUUCGGGUUCCUCUUCAUCGACAAGGCCACUCUGGUCAUGGCCUACCUCUUCACCAUCUUCAACUCCUUCCAGGGCAUGUUCAUCUUCAUCUUCCACUGCGCUCUGCAGAAAAAGGUGCGUAAGGAGUACAGCAAGUGCUUGAGGCACGCCGAGUGCUGCGGAUCCUGGGGCAACGACUCCUCCUACAACUCGGCCAAAAACUCCAACUCGCGACACUCCAACAGCACGCGCUACUCCCCCAACGCGCAGAGUCGAAUCCGCCGCAUGUGGAACGACACCGUGCGCAAGCAGACGGAGUCGUCCUUCAUCUCCGCCGACGCCAACAGCAGCUGCACCCUCAACCGCGGCCUGGUGGCCAAUCAGCUGCUGACGAGCUCGCUGCUGCGGCCGCACAGCGCGGGUCACCUGUACAGCACGCUGCUCGCCGACAGCGUCGUGAGGGGGGCGGCGCUGCCCCCCUCGGCCACCCUCUACCGCAGUGGGAACGCACACCGGGAGCAUCUGGCGAUCGGCCCGCGAGACGCUGGCGCCCUGGCAACGGCACCACGCAACAGCGCCAAGCACCAGCAGCGCGCCGUCGCCUCCAGCGGCAGCCACUUCCACCUGAGCAGCCGCGACUUCAUGGCGCCGGACAGCGACGCCAAGCUGGGAGCGCCGGACGCCUCGGCACCUCGGGCUAACGGCCUCGUCUUCCUGGCCGACUCGGAAGGCCUCGGCCUGGGCCUAGGCUUGAGCGGCUACGACGACGACGACGGCAGCGGAGGCAACGCGGCGGGACCCCCCGCCUACCUGGGGCCGACGUUGCCCCUGUCGCCUCCUCAACAGCAGCUGCACCAACAGCAGCAGCAGCUGCAGGCGACGGCGCCGCCCCUCCUGCUGCCCCGCGGCGAAGUGGACCGCCUGUUCGGCAGCCUCACCCCCAGCAAGCGCCACCUGGUGUACGUGGGCAAGCAGGACGAGCUUCUGCGCAACCUGACGGCCGUGCAGCAGAUGGCGCGGGGGGCGGGCAGCGGGAUUGUGAUCAUAGCGGACGGCGACGGGGAGGAGGAGGAGGACGACGACGACGUUGAGGAGGAAGAGGAGGAGGAGGAAGAGGAGGAGGACGAGGUGGACGAGGAAGAGGACAUUGCCGAGGACGAGGAAUAUGACGUGGAGGCGUUGGAGGAGGAACGGAAGCUGAAGUUGAGGAAAAACAAGCGAGCCGAUGAGGGCGACGUCGACGUUGGCGGUUGCGGAGGCGGCGGCGGUUGCGGCGGUGGCAGCCUGAUCCGGGUCCCGUGCGAGGCAGCUCACCCGCGGUGCCCCGACUCGGGUGCUCCGCUGCUGCCGCGGCGGACGCACUCGCUGGCGCGGGCAUCCCCUCUGCCGCCUCCGCCGCCGCCGCCACCGGCGGCGGCGAUCGCCACCAGGGAGGACGUCCACCCUCCUCCUCCGGCCGCGUACUUCCCCCUGCUCACGCCGCGCCAGGUGGCCGAGCUGCAGUCCCCUGGCCACGAGGCGUCGCUCUGCGCCAGCUUGCCCAACCUGCGCAACGGCGGCGGCGGCGGCCGCGGUGGCGACUCCUCCUCGGGCCCAACCGUCGCCCCCCGAGGGCCCAGGCUCCGGCCGCAGGCGGAGAAGACUGAUGCGGGCGGCAUCGUCCUCGUCGGAGGCGGCGGGGCGGCGGUACCGCCCAAUGGGCCGCUGAAGCCGCCGGGCUACUUCCCGGCGGAGAACGGCAGGGGCGCGGCGGACAGCGACGACUACAUGCUGCCGCUCGACCGCGACGAGGGCGCCCUCGGGGCCCGCGGCGACUCCUUCCUCCCGGCGGGCGGAGGGGACGGCCGCUACGACGCGGCCGCCGGGGGGCCGCUCGGCGGCGUCGGGCGGGGCGACUACCUGCUGCCCCUGAGCGCGGCGGGCAGUCGGGCGGACGACUACAUGCUGCCGUACGAACCGGACGAGCCCCCGCCGCCGGUGAAGCGCGAGGCGUUUGUGCGACCUCUCGCCAGGGAAGGAGGAGGGGGCGCCGGCGGUGGCUGCGGCCUCGGCAUGGGCGUCAACACCAACUUGUAGAGAGGGGGGGGGUGGCGGGCGGCGGGGGGGGGGACGCGGGUGUCACUUCGACCUCUUCGAAGGAGGAGCGGAACGAAAAUAAUACGCGGGGGUGUCCCCCGUGAAGGUGUCGUCCGUCGUUUAAAAGGAUUGCAAUUCUUUGGACAGAGCCAGGUUGAUUAGACUCCGCGCGCGUUCGGUAGGGGCAUGAAAACGUUGCCGUUUUGCCGCUUCCCGUCUGAACGUCGACGCCGCACGCCGCUAUCGAGGUUUGAGAAACUUCCCGUGCGAAGACCCCCAGGUAAUCCUUUUCUGUUUUGUCAGGAGCACGCUUCACGGAAUGCUCCGACACCCUCAGGCGGUUUCCCCCGAUGUGGAAGGGCUGCCAGCGUGCACAUUCCGCAUCGAUGCUCGCCGUGUUGGGUUUUUGUUUCUUUUGUUAGUUACGAGCGCGGCACAAAUGGCCCCGCGAUCACAGCCGGCGUUAUCUUCGGGGCGACCUCUGGCGGUCUCGUUCCACGCAGACAACGACGUUUUGCGUGCAAAACGACGCUAGCCCCGGCUUUCUCUCGUGUGAGGGUUGCCCUGUUGUUGGGAGGGAUGCUCCUCUGACCACCUGAGUCAUCAUAAAAGCACCUCGUGCAUCGGAGGAAUACGACGCCGCCAACGUCUCGGUCAACCAUUUCGAGCUGUCGCCUUAAAACUGACGACGUUUAACCGACGAUACCUUCACAGGGGCCACCCUGUGAUUGUAAUUGGCCGGCCUAGUCGCUUGCGUAGGUAGUCAUUUCAAAUGAACAAAAGUUCCGUGAUGUAAGAACGAAAAAGCAAACUUCGAAGGAACAACAAACAAACAAAACCCGCGCUGAGGCCCCCACGGCCGUUUGAAAUUUUCGGAAAACCCCGCGGUGGACGUAAGGAGAUGUUCUAUUUUUGUGCCAGGAGCAAAGCGUCGUUGUUGCUUUCGCGCCAGAAGGAAUUUAGCAGAAGCUACAGCAGCAAGGUCGGUGUUUUGCUGAAAAUAAGAGAGGCGUGUAGACGUAGCAAGGACAAAAACCCACCGUCGUCAUUUCGCGGCCACCACAACAACAAACACGAGGGGGGGGGGCGAGGGAGGGGAGACCCAUGACCCAUGACCCACGACCCACGUCCCAAGUCAGCAACGCACGCUUCACGGUUUUAAUGGCUAUUUACAGCAACAAAAAAUCCAGUCCGCCACAUUCGGGGGUGGGAUCGGGGGGGGGGGGGG